AAACCCACUCCCGUGUUCCUCGCUAAUCCCCAUUUCCCACAAACCCCCGUCCCCUCGCCGCCUCCUCCCACGGCGAGAAGCUUCCAGGAGCUAGGGUUUCCCGUACCGAUCGAUGGCCGUCGCCGACGCGGUGCUGCCCUCGCCGCCGCUCCCGCCCCCGCCCCCGCCCCCGCCGGCGAGGAUCGUCGUCGUGGUGCUGGCGCUCGUGCACUUGGCCCUUGCCCCGAUGCUGGCGCUGGGGCGCGCCCUCUGCGUCGCGGCGGGAGCCCUCCCCUACCUGGGCUUCGGGGUCGCGUGGGUCAUCUCCGCGGCCACGGCUGGACAGGUCGUGGCGAGCCGCGCCUGGGGCGAGAGCUCCGCCCAAUUCGUGUUCCUGCAGGCCAUCAUGUACUGGGGCCUCAAGGUCCUCAUCUACAGUAUCCUUGUGCUGGUCGCGCUUCUCGUCUUGUUGAUGUGCGUGGCCUACGUGAUUGCACUUGUAUCUGGAUCCACUUCGGCAUUCAAGAAGAGCGCAUCAGGAGCAUUCACGCGGGAGUCGGUUGCAGACAUGUUUAGGCUUCCGCGCACCGCGGUGCUUGGAUAUGUUGCGGAUGUGGCCUUCUUCCUUCUAAUGGUCGCUGGUCUUCUGGUGGCGAUGCUGUCGCCGCACGUGGAGGGUUCGAUAUCUCAGGGUGAAAUGGUCGCCUCCGUAAUCAUAGAUGUGGCACUAUUUGGUAUGCACGCGACAGCUUGCUUUGUUAUCAUCCCAGCGCUCGUUCUUAGUGUGUGGAGGGGUGGCCAGGCGGACAGGAAAGCGCCAUCGCAGUUUUGUUGAGACGAAGCUAAGAAGAGAAGAUAUCCGGGGAUUUUGGCAAGGCCUAAUCGUUAUUCCACUGAUGGUUGUGAGUGAUUCCAACAGAUACAAGUUUUCAGAGGAAAAAGAGAGUUUAUGCAGACUUUCUUCGUCCAUUAGUAGUCAUCCUAAUCGGCAUUACCAUGGAAACUUUUUUAGACUUGCUUAUUUGUGCUAUUACUAGAUCAUAAUCAUCAAUAGCUAGCCGUGAAGUUUGGUGGAUCAUUAUGGGUCUGGUGACGAUGUUCGAUACUACUCCUCCGGGCUACUUGCUUACAAGUUUGCACUAGAGUAUUGUGUAUGUAUGAUGGUGGAAUUCGUUUGUGGUCUCUUUGUGAUACCCUAUUGGAAGAAAACGCGUACAUGUGACAUUAA